AUGUCUACCAACUCGUCGCCACCACCGACACCAACAACGCCCUCCUUCUCCCCCUCCUCGCACCUGCAGCAACGAACCCGCUCGAAGUUACCUGCAGAAUGCCUAGUCAUGAUCUUCAGCCACCUGGAUCAGGACCGGUCAACCCUUCACGCCCUCCUCAGGGUCAACCACCAAUUCUUCCAACUGACCAUCCCCAUCCUCUAUCGAUCGCCUUUCCGUCUGUUGGAAUCGAGGGCGGAGGCGUGGUCAUGGUCAGAGCGGACCCAGCGACAGGUCCACCUCCUCCAGUUGUUUAUGCAUGUCGUCCAGAUCAAACAAAUCGGCCGACACGAGGCCACCACUGCCGCGAUAAACCUUAUCCUCUCCAACAAGCAGCAGCAGCGACAGCAACGGUAUUGA